AUGAGUAACGCACCUAAUAAAUCGGGUCUGACGACUCGCGCGCCUAUGCCGGCGUUCGGAAAUUUUGGCACGCACCAGGCAUCUGCGUCGCUUCUCCUGCAAAAAUCUAAUCCCGGCCUGGGCAGGUCGACUCCCGAUUCCGAGGCGUUGGCCUCGUCAGACGAUGAGCCUGACCACGUAAAGUCUGGCCCGGGCAGCAAUGUCAAGUCCAACAGAAACGUGCGAAGAACCUCAUGGCUCAACGAUGUGUCGUCGGCCAACGCGAAUCGCAAACCUUCUAUCACUGGUCCCUACAGCCCUUCCACCUCCCAUCCAGGAACCCCUGGAGCAGAGCCCUUGCCCUGGGGAAAUCCGAACGCUACAGGUCCCGGAGCGUGGCCUAACCCGACGACGUCGUAUCCCUGGCCCACCAUUUGGAGUCAAGAUGGUCGCAAAGAUCCACCGGCCCGACUCCAGGAGGUCCUGCCCACGAAUGGUGAAGGCGGCAUUCCGUUCUCGAUUCCUCUCCAGCCGACGCCCAAGACCUACCGCUCACAGUCAUACUCUGUGGGCCAACUCGACACCACCACGGCGCCGCCGACUAAUCCUAUAUCGACCUCGGUUGAAGCGACGCGCAACAGACUUGGAAGUCAAUAUCCGUUGCAGCGACGGACGUCGAGGACCAGUGGGCUGGGCGUGUUGGAGGCCGGUGGUCUUGGUCGGUUGCGAGAGGUUGAAGACGACGAAGAAGAUCACCGCGGCAACAUCACCCCCGAAGCCAUCAGUGCGGAACAGGCGCGAAUGAUUGAGAGGCUGGAGAAGGAGAACGCCCAGCUUCGUCACGCCGCUCAGAAUCGUGACCGUGGUUUCCCGACAACAGCCACCACCACCACGACGGCCCCGCUUCAGCCCCCGGGGUUUCGAAAUACGCGCCUCCGGAACGCUGUCCCAGAGGAGACUGAGACUGCCAUCGAUGAUAGAGAAGACCUCGCCGGAUUUCCUGGUCGUGAGCACAACGCCCGUCGCAUGAGUGAACAACCCCUCGGAUUCGCCGACAGACAGUCGCUCUCCCCGACCGAGAAUCGUAAUUUUGAUGGAAUGAAGAAGGCACAUUGGCAGACUUCCCUUGGAUUUGGCCCGAUCCCAGAAGCUCCUCAGAGCCGCCGACACUCGUUCGCUGACGUGCCAACUCGCCACGGAUCCUUCAGCUCGAACGGUGAGCACAUGCUGCAACUGUUGCUUUUAGCAAUUCCCGGGGCUAAUUGGUUAGGUCGCGAAGACGAUGCGACGGCGUAUGAAAGCGGAUCCCAAGCACUAUCCCAAGGAGAUGAUCGUAAGUUUUCCCAGGAUUUAACCGUGGCGCUCGUGAAUCCGAACGAGGAUCAAAUGAAUAACACGUACUUACGUGACCGUUACUUUGCAGCCGCAUAUUUCAACACGACCGAGUCCACCCGACGUGCUGCGGACGCCCGAGUCCAUCAGCACCACCGCGAUCCGCAACUUUACGGGCAACCUCUGGGGGUUGGCCCGUACCUCGAACCCGCGGCGCAACCGCUCUUCAUCGUCAACUUCAAAUGUUGUCGCUCAGAUGUCUUCUACAUCCAAGAGGGGACUGGUCUCCACGUGAACGUGGGGGACCUGGUCAUUGUUGAGGCGGACCGUGGCACCGAUCUGGGCACGGUCCAACAUACAAAUGUGACGUGGGAGGACGCUCGCCGUUACAAAGAAUACUACGCCGAGGAACAUUAUAAAUGGUUGAUGAUGUUUUCCAUGCAGAGCCGAAACGGCGGCCCCAAUGUCGUCAACCCCAACGGCAUUCCUGGGAGACAUGGCAGUGCGGUCGGAGGCAUGGGCCCUCAAGGACAUCAUGGCCCUCACGACUCCGCAGGCCCCGACCUCAAGCCAAAGAUGAUCAAGCGACUGGCGCAAAACCACGAGAUCCAAGCCUUGAAGGACAAAGAAGGCAAUGAAGCCAAAGCCAAGCGGGUAUGUCAGCAAAAGGUUGCUGAGCAUCGGUUGAAUAUGGAAAUUCUUGAUGCAGAGUUCCAGAUGGACAGCAAGAAGCUCACCUUCUACUACUUUGCCGACAACUACAUCAACUUCAAUCACUUGGUCACUGAUCUCUUCAAGAUCUACAAGACGCGAAUCUGGAUGUCCGCCAUUAACCCUGCGUCCUUCCAGACCCCAACCGCUUCGCUUGGUAUCCACCCCGUCUACAGCACGGCUCCCGGUGAUGAACGCCAUCGCAGACGGCAGCAACAGGCACAGCAGCCCGGCAACCUGGGCCACCAGGCCGUCACGACGCCAUUCGGAGAUACGUUUGACGCGGAUCGAAACUUCAACAACCACCAGAAUCCGGGCAUGCGGAACGCUUUUUAUAAUCAGUUCCACGAUGUUGGGGCAGGACCUCAACAACUGCAACCGGGGGUAUCGCCGUAUGCUCCAAACAUGCAAGGCCAAAUGGACCCCUUCAUGUCUUUCUACGGUCAACCCUUCCCUUCUCUCAACCCUAAUGCGCCUAAUUUCGCCAGCAGCCGGCCCGACUUUAGAGGAAGAGCUUCCAAUCCGCCCGGGGAUGUUAAUUGGAUGGGACGAUUCCAAGGGCUCUCGCUUGGUUCUUGA